AUAUGUCUCUCCUUACUUCCAUCUCUACCUUGCCCUUUAGGGUUCGCUCCCGCAUUGCUUCCAAUUCUGUGCACUCUGCUGCUCCUCUUCCUCGCUACUCUAGCUGUUCUCCCCCCCUCCCUGCUUGUUUUCAGAUUUACGCCCUUCGCACACAAUAUAUUUUAGACUUGAAUGGCGCUGGCAAUUGUAGGUGCCAUCCAGUGCAACGCCAGGUUGAGAAUUGCAUUUCGUUGCAAUUUUGAGUGAGGUGUGGCCUAUUGCAGUCUUGGGACGCGUGUUUGCCCAUGAUUUUGCACUCUAUUGGAGCGAUUUAGUGGGAAAGUUUGUCCUGAAGAGUUCGAUGCAUCUGGUGUGCAGUGUCUUUGAUCGGUCGCAGGGUGAUGUGCUUAAAUAGGUGAUAGCGAGGCAACUAACGGGGCAGCCAUGGUCGGCCGGAUGUCCUUGCCCUCAGACGCGGACGAUGACGCACAGAGACUGCAGAAUUACCUGAUGCAGUGUACGAGUCGUGACAUAGCGGCCGCAUGCCAAGCAGUGGAAGCGCAGCUGCAAACUGUGGGCGGUGAGCAUGUGCGUGAUUUUUAUCGCCUUUGUUUCCCCGUAGUGCUGCGGAAGAUUUUUGGUUUUGAGGACUCUAGUGCAGCCUCGCAGCCGGCUUCGUCAGCUGGAGGUUGGCUUGCACAGGCUUCUGUACCGGGAAAUGAGGCAACUACACGAGCAUUGAUUUCUCUUUUAUCACCGCGUGGGUCUCUGUUUUCAUCUCUUCUGGCUGUGGACAAGGAGAAUUUCGUGCGCUAUGUUUUCCCAAUGGAAAGGCUGCCAGAGUGGGUCAGGAAUCUACUCUCACAGGAGAAAGGAGCUCAUAUUUUGUGCCAGGUUUCAGAUCUGUUCAAGAGCCGCAUCAUGGAAGAUGCGAAUGGGUGCAUGCAGGUUCAUUUGGAUGUGUUUGAGUACUACAUGUUUUGGUUUGCUUACUACGCGGUUUGUAAGGACCAAAAUCAACGUCAAAGAGCAGCAGGAGGAAGGCGUACAUCUCGCUCAUCACGUUCAUCCCAGUUUCGAAUGCAACUCGGGAAUUGGGCGUCAUCCAUCCCUCGCUUAUCCCACUCCCCUCAAGCGGUAGAAGUUGGUGGUAGCCCCUACCUCCAGCUCUUGAAGCUUUAUCUGAGCCAUUUCGUCAUCUUAAGUAGCCCAAACAGAGGAUAUCUUGGGCGAGAAAUGCAGCUAGGUGAUGUUGGAGGCGCAACUCAUGGCGAUAUUCUCAUCCAUACUCUUAUUGAAUUUUGGCUUGUGGACGAUGAUCCUUCUCCUUUACCUUUGGCUAUCAGGCAAUCUCUGGGAAUUCAGGCAGGAGGAGCAGCAGCCGUCUUGAGCUACAUUCCUCCUGGAGCAGACUUGACUGACUCACUCAAAGUUCUUAUUAAGUAUCUAAAUAGCAACUUGCGACUGUCCGUAGGCGAACAUACGCUUGUCACUUCGUCGUCUCCUUUAAUAGAAUCUAGUCUAAACCUGCGAAGAAGGUUGUCUGAGAGUCCAUCUGGACACUUCUCCUCUCCUCUUUCACUUGUACACUCCUCUGGAGCUUCUCAGUUUCCUUCAGCUUCCAAUGCAUAUUUGCAGGCAUUGCACAGGCCUCUGUAUAGAUUUCUACAUCGGGCAUUCCGGUUGUGGCCAAUUGGGACAUCUGUGAGAAAAAUAGCUCAAGUUGUGGAUGUAUGGGUAGAAUAUCUAGAGCCAUGGAACACUGGAUUGGAUGCAGCAAAUGUUAGGGAGCAAGCACAGCUACAAUGGCAAAAGGAUGUUGGCCACAUCGGAAGUAGGGAUUUUGGACCGAGAUUGUCUCCAAGUUUAUCUUUUAAGAAGUCGGAUGGAGGGUCUGGUAUUGGUUUUACUGUUUCAAAGGCUUUAGAUCGGAGGAUUUCUGUGGAGUCCUUCUCCGAGCUUUGGCAGGGUUACGUGUUAGCUAACUACCACUUUUACACUUCUUUAGUGACAAACUUCUUAGAAUUUGCGCUGAAGUUUGUGCAUAUGGACCCUGAAGCCAUUUUCCAAAUGGUUUACAAGGUACUUUCUGUUUUGGCAAAAUCUAAGGAGUUGUUGGAUCUGCUUCGCAAAGUUGAUGUUGCAUAUGGAGGUCACAUGUAUGGUCGCACGAAUCAGCGACAUAAUGUACUAUUUGAUCUAGCGCCCACCAUCCAAGAGCAAUUGCAGGACUGGGAAGAGGGCGCUGAGACGGAUGAAGAGCAGGAACGUGGGGAUGGGCUCAUGCUACAAUCACCACUCCGAAACAAACUUCCUCAAUUGCGACUUUUUAGCAUGAGUGACAAUGGAGGCAAUCGUCUUCUUCAGGCAUUAUUCAUGCGAGCAGAGAUUGAAAUUCAGGCGUCGAGCGAAAAGCCACCAUUGAGUGUUCAUGCAUUGGAAUCUGUGAAAGAGGUUGCCCGAAAGAUCUUUGAUAUGAAUACCAUGGAAAGUCCUUCAGUAAUCUUUCAACCUGGUUAUUGUCAAUCUCCAAUCGCGUCUCAACUAGAAAACUUAAAUGGUCACGAAGCUGCAUCUACCCGCAGCUUGGGGCUUCAGCGCCACUCUUGGCAGGAUGUGAAGUACAAGGGAGACUGGAUGAGACGGCCGAUUGAAAGUACGGAGGUGGCCUUUCUUGCACGGGUGUUUGUGAGGAUGUCAGAUGCAAUCAAUAGGAUACUAGGCCUGACAACGGACGCUGUAAAGAUCGGCGAAACGCCUUCUGCAAGAGAAGGCGUAGAGGGAAAUGCGGAUCAAUCUGAGCCUGAAGUUGUUCCUCCUAGCAGUAGUGAACAAAAUGAGGUUACGCUCUCUGAUGUGCUCAAUUUUGUCAAGAACUUGCUCUGGCAAAUUUUGUUAGUUCUUCAGUCAGAGGCUAGAGAUAGAGGUUGGCGAGUAAAUUUACGAUUUCUAGCAGGAAAGAAGUUCUUGGUGCUCUGCAUGUUGACACUUCUUUUCUGUUGGGCAGUGCGAUCAAUUACAAACUUUAUCGCACUUUAUUUUAGCUAAUUAACAUAUGUUAUUUAGGUAUUUGUAAUACCUGGUAUCGAGAACCUGUUAAAGAAUUUUCCGCACUUAAUAGUGCCGAUCUGCUCAUACCCAAUGGUUCAUUGGAAAGAGCAACAAUGGAGAUGUGCAAGGGUGAAGAGCCUGUAUAUGAAGCCUUUUAUGCAAAAUAAAGGUGUGAUUUUGGCGGCAUC